AUGUUCAGGGCUGGGACCACCCCGGAAACCUGCACCACCAGUCAUCUUACGGCGUACGAGACCACCGGGUCCGGGCCCAACAUCUGGCUAUCCACCAGCCCCCUCGACGACUUCGAAGCCCCCAAGAUCCGACCUCUGAACGCCAGCAGCGGAGAGCAGUGGGAAUUCGACGGGGUCUCCGACGAUGGCAUGAACGCCUUCAUCUUCGGCCUCUACCGGGACCCGGGACUCUCCCUGAUGGGGACCGGCAACCUGCGGAUUUCCGCCGAGUUGGCCUACGCCAACGGGACGCGCUGGGGCCGGGUGGACUAUGCCAGCGACUCGAUCGUGGAGUCGUGCCCGCAUGGCACGAAAGGCGUCUGGCAGGGCGAGGGGUUCCGGUACGCCUUUGAGAUCGCCAAGGACAUGAGUCGCGUCAAGUUGGAGGUCGACACUCCGGAUCUGAAGGGCACCAUCUACCUGCAGUCGAAGACGCUGCCGCGCUACGCGGACGCCGCCACCUGGCCGGCGGAGAAUGCCUCCACCGCGAUCGCGCCGCAUUUCCACUGGGUGGAACCGAUCCCCGUGGGCGAUGUCCGCGUGGAACUGGUGGCCAAGGACCAGCCGUUUGUCUGGCAGGGCCUCGGCGGCCACAACCGGCUGUGGUCGCCGUUCAACUGGUUCACCUGCCUCAAGGCCAUGAAUGCGGUGCGCAUGACGGCGGGGCCCUACUCGCUCUCGUACAUGCGGUUCACCUCGCGCAUCGCCGGAGGAAAGGACUUUACCUCGGUUUUACUCAUGCACGGCUCCGAGAAGAUCCUUGCCACCACCGUCGGCGAAGCGUCGGAGGUGGACGACUACGUUUUGAUGAAUAAGAUGUACGAUGGGGCUGUCACGGGGACCUUGCGCGACAAGGUGACGGGCUAUGAGCUCGAGCUGGUGUCGCCCCGGCGCAACAAGCAUUGGACCUUCAUCAUCGAGCAUCAGAAUAUUGCCUUCGAGUAUUUGGUCGGAAAGGGGCGUGGAGGGAGCGGGUUCUCGAGUCGUUCGAGUGGAGGACCGGUGGGGCUGGAGCAGUUUCGAGGAGUGGCGUUGACUGAGGCUCUCAACUUUCCUGAUAGUUCUCCUCUCUUCAAGAAUCAGUACGUGUAA